AGUUCUCAACCCCACUUCCAAGUUCUAGUCUAGCACCAAAACAAAAAAAAAAAAAAAAAACCCCUAAAAGACAAAAGAGUUAUAUUGUUGGAACUUCUGUUGCUUUGGCUUCUGUGUGUGUUCCUUUUUGGGUUUUGGAAAACAGAACCGCUGGGAACUGAAAAACUCAAAAGCUAUGGACUCAAAGGUUUAUGUCCCUCUCUCUACAACACAAGCGGUCCCAGUACCACGUAAUCGUGCUUUUUCCAGCUCAUCUUCACUUUCAACAGGUUCUCAGUCUCUCCCUAUCCGAGCACCCCCUACCCUUGAUUCUGAUUCUGAUUCUGAAUCCAAUGCUCCCAACAAAACUUUAAGUCUCAGUAGUAGUAUUAGUAGUACUAGUGGUGGUUACAAUGGGUAUGAGUCUGAAGAACAAUUUUUAACUGGGGAGGAGUUUGAGUCUGCUUCAGAGAGGCCAUCGGUGGCAGACCCAGAUGAGGAAACUCUAGAAAAGAGUGAAAGUUUUGAUUUUUCUGGGCCUUUUGUGAGAGACUCAGAUGGGAAGAGCUUAGAAAAUAGUAUAGAAUAUGAGGGAGAGAGUGAUGAAAUUGUUGAGCCAGUUUUGGUUGAUAACCGGGUUAUGCCUAAAGCCAGGUUGUCUAUGGAUGAUGAUGAUGAUGAUAUUGAUGUUGAGGAGGAGGAGGAGGAGGAGAUGGUGAGCGCAGUCGAUGAAGAUGGUGGGGUUUCAGGUCCAGUGAGGGUUCCAGGGAUUGAGGAAUUAGAGAAGUUUGAUAGUGCACUUAGAAUUAAGGCAUUGGGUGUUGAAGAGGAUGAGUUGGUGGAGUGGAGGGAUUCUUUUACUUCUAAACAAUCUGAGCCUGCAAUAGAGGUGAAGGUUGUGGAAGGUGCGGUUUUGGAUGGAUUUGUUGGGGUGCAAAAUGGGGUUCUUGGUGUUGGAGAAGAGAAGGCAUUGGUUGUGGAGGAGCCUGGUGAGGCUUCUGUAUUGGCUGAAGUGAUUGAAGAUAAGGGUCCUGGUGUCACCGAGGCGGCUUAUGUUGAAACUUUGAUGCCGAAUGGGGAAGAUGUUAUGGAGAAAAAUCUGAGGCUGGAUGAGGAUUUUAAGUUCUAUGGUGAAGAAAUGGCGAAUGGGGAAGAUGUUAUGGAGAAAAAUCUGAGGCUGGAUGAGGAUGUUAAGUUUUAUGGUGAAGAAAUGGAGAAUAGGGAAGACGUUAUGGAGAAAAAUCUGAGGUUGGAUGAGGAUGUUAAGUAUUAUGGUGAAGAAAAAGGAGUAGACAAUGAAGGUCUUGAAUUAAAUGGCGCAAAUGGAGGGGAGCAAGAAAUUGUGGGACUAAGUGAGAAUGGUGCUGAAGAAUCCAGUGGAAUGGUUGAAGAAACUUCUAUUACGGUUAAUGAAACUGACAUAGUAAGCUCAGAUACUGAAGAUUGUAUUGAUUCCACACAGUUAGAGAAACAGAUAGCUGUGACAAACGGUUUUGCUGAGACCAAGGAAUGUAAUCUCUUAGAGUCAAAUUUUUUUGAAAGGGAAGUUGAUGCUAGUGGAAGUUUUACUCUGUAUGAAGGAAGUGACAAUGAGAAUGGAAUGGACUUGGAUGAAGAAGUGGACUCAGAUAGGGAGGGUGAAAGAAAUCAACUUUUUAAUUCUGCUGCAUUGGAGGCUCUUCUGAAAGCAGUAUCUGGUGCUGGCUCAGAGGAGAGUCCUGCUGGUUUAGGUUCCUCAUUCGAUUCUCUACGACCUGCUACAAAUCCAAAUCGCCUCAAUGUUUUUUCUUCAGACCUUCGAGUUGAGGAUGAAUCUGAGGAUAGCCUAAGUGAAGAGGAAAAGAAAAAAAUUGAGAAGAUACAACUUGUAAGAGUGAAAUUCUUGAGGCUUGUACGAAGGCUAGGCAUUUCUCCUGAAGAUACCGGAGUUUCAAAAGUUUUACAUAGGUUGGCCCCUGUAGCUGGCAGGCACUUUAGUCAGACUUUCAGCCUUGAAUUAGCAGCAAAGAGGUUGGCUAUGCAACUUGAAGCAGAGGGGAAAGAUGAUCUAGACUUCUCAUUAAAUAUUUUGGUUCUUGGCAAAACUGGUGUGGGGAAAAGUGCAACUAUUAAUUCCAUUUUUGGUAUGGAAAAGGCAAUGAUUGGUGCGUUUGAACCUGUCACAACAACUGUGAAAGAGAUUGUUGGAACAAUAGGUGGUGUCAAGAUAAGAUUCCUUGACACACCGGGGCUUAGGUCUUCUGUGAUGGAACAAUCUAUCAACCGGAAAAUAUUAGCAUCUGUAAAGAAGUUUUUGAAGAAGUUCCCUCCAGAUAUUGUCCUCUACGUUGAUCGUUUAGACACUCGAACUGAAAAUCUCAAUGAUUUGCCAUUGUUAAGGUUGAUAACUGGUUCUCUCAGUGCAUCAAUAUGGGUAAAUGCUGUUAUCGCUUUGACCCAUGCUGCUUCUGCUCCUCCAGAUGGACCAAUGGGAUCACCUCUAAGCUAUGACAAUUUUGUUUCUCGCCGAUCCUAUGUUAUUCAGCAGUGUAUCAGUGAAGCAGUUGGUGAUAUGCGCCUGAUGCAACCAAGUCUCAUGCAUCCAGUGUCCCUAGUUGAGAACCAUCCAUUGUGUCAAACAAACAACUAUGGAGAAAGAGUGCUUCCCAGUGGACUUGCUUGGAGACCCCACUUAUUGCUUAUGUUUUACUCAAUAAAGAUCUUAUCUCAAGCAAUUCCUUUAUUAACACCUCAGAAAUAUGUUGAUAACAGAAAGCUUUUUGGGUUUGGGGUACGGUCCCCACCUCUAAACUACUUCUUGGCUUCUCUCCUGCAGUCACACGCCCAUCCAAAACUCUCUGGUGAUCAAGGAGGUGGUAGUGAUACUGUUGACUCAGAUAUUGGGAAUUUAUCAGAUUCUGAGGAAGAAGAAGAGGAUGAGUAUGACCAACUUCCACCAUUUAGACCUCUGAAGAAAUCUCAGAUUGCCAAACUCAGCAAGGAGCAAAGAAAAGCUUAUUUUGAGGAGUAUGAUUAUCGUGUGAAGCUCCUUCAAAAGAAACAGUUGAAAAGGAUGAGAGAGAUGAAGAAGAAAGGCAAAGAUGGUGGCAAUGAUUAUGCUCACAUGGAGGAAGACGCGGACCAGGAGGAUACAAGUCCAGCGGAUGUGCCAGUUCCUUUACCUGACAUGGCCCUCCCACAUUCCUUUGACGGAGAUAAUCCUACAUUCAGAUAUCGUCAUUUGGAGCCCACAUCUCAGUUUCUUGUGAGGGCAAUUCCAGGAACUCAUGGCUGGGACCAUGAUUUUGGGUAUGAUGCUUUAAUGCUUGAAAGGAGUCUUGCUAUUUCUGGUAGAUUUCCUGCUGAUUUUGAAGUUCAAAUAAUGAAGGAUAAAAAACAGUUUAGCAUGUACUUAAAUUCCUUAGUUGCCAUGAAGCAUGGGGAGAAUGGAUCAACCAUGGCAGGGUUCAAUAUUCAAAACGUUGGAGGGCAGCUUGCUUACAUCCUAAGAGGAGAAACCAAAGUAAAAAAUUCCAAUAUAAAUAAAGCAACUGCUGGAGUAACUCUUACUUUCUUAGAUGGAAAUGUGGCCACUGGACUCAAGAUUGAGGAUCAGAUUGCAAUUGGAAAGCGCUUGGUUUUGGCAGGAAGUACUGGAGUUGUCAGAUCUCAAGGUGAAACAGCUUAUGGAGCAAACUUGGAAGUGCGCCUCAAGGAGGCGGAUUUCCCUAUAGGGCAGGACCAAUCCACCUUAGGUCUUUCUCUCGUGAGAUGGAGAGGUGACAUGUCUCUCAUGGCCAAUCUACAGUCCCAGUUUUUCAUUGGACGGAGUUCUCAAAUGGCUAUACAUGUUGGAUUGAAUGACAAGCGAAGUGGGCAGAUCACUGUCAGGAUAAGCAGCUCAGAGCAACUACAAAUUGCACUCUUUGGCAUCCUUCCAAUUGCAGUCUCCAUCUUUAGGAGCAUUUGUCCUGGGUUUGGUGCAAAAAAAUCAUCAUAGUACUAGGUGUUGUUUUCCUUUUAUUGUGGGUUAUUUUGAUGGGGUAAAGUUUUAGGCAAGCCACCAACUUGUCUUUAUGAUGAUGUUCAGCAUGCUGUUCUUUUAGCUUAUUUUGGCAGGUCUUAUGAACUAUAACAUUAAUGACAUGAAACAUACACAAUGAUGUUCUCUGA